GCCCUCGCGAAUUGAAGCUGCUGGGCACGGCUAUCUAGCUGUAUCGCUCGUCGAGUCAACUCCCCGCGCGCGUCGUCUCGUUCGAGUUCUCUCGCAUCUCGAUCGGGUGCGCUACACGUAGACGUAGCGUCCGCUGAUACAUAAACCGCACGGCGGAAGCUGCUCGGUGCUCUCCCUACUAGUUCCAAAAGGAAGCAAGGAAGAUAGCAUCAUCGAUCGUGUCAUGAGACCGGCGGAAGGCGCGGCGCGGUUGGUUUGCCUGCUCCUGCUCGCCGCCGUGGCCGCGGGGCACGCCGGCGUGCAGCCGCUGGCGCGCAUCGCCAUCCACCGCGCCCGCUUCGCGCUCGACGCGUCCGCCGCCGUGCGGGCCUCGCCGGAGCUGCUGGGAACCAAGGGCGAAGAUACUGCCUGGGUGAAGGUAGACCUUGUUACUCCCCAUCCAAGUGCCGAUGAUUGGGUCGGCGUGUUUUCUCCUUCGAAGUUCAACGCGUCCACAUGCCUUGGUUCUCACGGAUCUGGCCCAGGCCCUGUGAUAUGCUCGGCUCCAAUAAAGUAUCAGUUCGCCAACUAUUCGUCGGGCUACGGGGAGUCCGGGAAAGGCGCGCUGCAGUUUCAGCUGAUCAACCAGCGGCAGGACUUCUCGUUCGCGCUGUUCACUGGCGGACUCUCGAAUCCUAAGCUUAUCGCAGUAUCGAACGCCAUUGCUUUCGCGAACCCAAAGGCUCCAGUCUACCCACGCCUGGCGCAAGGGAAAUCCUGGAACGAGAUGACUGUGACGUGGACAAGUGGCUACGAGAGCGACGAGGCGUACCCGUUUGUGGAGUGGGGAAUGAAAUGGAGCCCCCCGGUGCGCAGCGCAGCUGGCACCGUCACUUUUGACCGUGAAAGCGUCUGUGGAGAGCCUGCCCGGUCUGUCGGCUGGAGAGAUCCUGGGUUCAUACACACAGCCUUCCUCACAGACUUGUGGCCGAACAAAGAGUACUACUACAAGAUCGGCCAUAUGCUGCCAGAUGGGAGCGUUGUUUGGGGCAAGCUAUCUUCCUUCAAAGCGCCUCCGUUUCCUGGCCAGAAGUCACUGCAGCGCGUCGUCAUCUUCGGAGAUAUGGGGAAGGCCGAGAGGGACGGGAGCAACGAGUACAGCAACUACCAGCCCGGAUCACUCAACACCACCGACACCCUUGUCAAGGACCUGGACAACAUUGACAUGGUGUUCCACAUCGGUGACAUCACCUACGCCAACGGGUACAUCUCGCAGUGGGAUCAGUUCACGCAGCAAGUGGAGGAGAUCACCUCGCGGGUCCCUUACAUGGUUGCCAGCGGGAACCAUGAGCGGGACUGGCCCAACAGCGGGUCCUUCUUCAACGGCACCGACUCUGGAGGGGAGUGUGGCGUGGUCGCUGAGACCAUGUACUACACACCCACAGAGAACCGAGCAAACUACUGGUACUCGGCAGACUACGGCAUGUUCCGGUUCUGCGUGGCGGACAGCGAGCACGACUGGCGGGAAGGCACGGAGCAGUACGAGUUCAUCGAGAGCUGCCUCGCCACGGUCGACCGGAAGAAGCAGCCGUGGCUGGUGUUCAUCGCGCACCGCGUCCUCGGCUACUCCUCCGGCUUCUUCUACGGCGUCGACGGCUCGUUCGCGGAGCCCAUGUCCCGGCAGAGCCUCCAGAAGCUCUGGCAGAAGUACCGGGUGGACCUGGCGUUCUACGGCCACGUCCACAACUACGAGAGGACAUGCCCGGUCUACGAGGAACAAUGCAUGAGCUCGGAGAAAUCCCACUACUCGGGCACCAUGAACGGCACCAUCCACGUCGUGGUCGGGGGCGGCGGCAGCCACCUCAGCAACUUCACCGCCCAGGUCCCGCCGUGGAGCGUGUACAGGGAGAUGGACUACGGCUUCGUCAAGCUCACGGCGUUCAACUACUCGUCCCUCCUCUACGAGUACAAGCGCUCCAGCGACGGCCAGGUGUACGACAGCUUCACGAUGCACAGGGAGUACAGGGACUUGCUGGCGUGCGUCAAGGACAGCUGCCCUCCGACUUCGCCAGCGACGUGACAUGCAUUGCAGCCGCGCGUGAGGAGCAGAGGGGGGACAGGGGUCGCUUCUGUGACAGUGGGUUAGGUUCCACUUCGGCGUGUAACUGUAACUGUUUAAUUAGGUGGUCGAGCGAGACCCACAUUAUAAAUCCUACACUCAAUAAAGAGCAUGUUGACCCUG